AUGGCGGACCCCCUAAGUUUACUUCGACAAUAUAAUGUAAAUAAAAAAGAAAUUAUUGAAAGAGACAAUCAGAUUAUCUUUGGUGAAUUCUCUUGGCCCAAAAAUGUCAAGACAAAUUAUCUUAUGUGGGGAUCGGGCAAAGAAGGAAACAAUAAGGAAUAUUAUACGCUGGAAUGCCUUCUAUUUAUUCUUAAAAAUAUACAUUUAACUCAUCCAGUAUACGUCAGACAAGCAGCUGCUGCAAACAUACCGGCUGUUCGUCGUCCUGAUCGUAAAGAGCUGCUUGCAUAUUUAAAUGGAGAGACUGCUACUUGUGCUUCAAUAGACAAAAGUGCACCAUUAGAGAUCCCCACUCAGGUUAAACGAACUCAUGAUAAUGAUGGAGGAGAAUCAGCAGCAAAGAAACCGCGUAUUGAAGAAACACAUGUACAAAAAGUACGAGAGCAGCUGGCUGCACGUCUUGAUGCUCCUAAAGAAGCAUCAGUCACAGUGGACAAUAUUAAGUCUCUUUCAGAGGCUAUGUCAGUGGAGAAAAUUGCAGCUAUUAAGGCUAAGCGUUUAGCGAAAAAAAGAACAACUAUAAAAAGUAAUGACUACUCUGACACUUUAGGUGUAGUUGGAUCAGAUUUGAGAGCUAUAUUGGACUAUGAUGUAGAUCUCACAAAAGAUAUUAUCAGUCGUGAAAGGCAAUGGAGGACUAGAACAACAGUAUUGCAAAGUAAUGGCAAGAUGUUUGCCAAGAGUAUACUUGCUCUCUUAGGUAGUAUAAGAGCACGUGAAGAAGGCAGGCCGGGAGUACCUAGACCCCAGCCUGUGGUAAUGCCACCUCCAACUUCAUUACCUGCGCAACAAACUCAGUAUAACAGAUAUGACCAGGAAAGAUUUAUUAGACAGAAGGAAGAGACCGAAGGUUUUAAAAUUGACACCAUGGGUACAUAUCACGGCAUGACUCUUAAGUCGGUGACUGAAGGACCAAGUGUGCCAGUAGCGGCGCGCGCACCACAAACACCAAAUCAUCCACGACAAAUGCCAUCGAGCGGCGGCGCGGGUUCUGGCGGGGUAGCGGGCGGGGGCGUGGCGCGGCGCGAGCUGCUGCCGGCGGCGGCGGCGCGCGCCCCGCCCGCGGGCGCCAAGCGGCCCUCGCGCACACCCAUCAUCAUCAUCCCCGCCGCCGCCACCUCGCUCAUCUCCAUGUACAACGUCAAGGACAUGCUGCAGGACCACAAAUUUGUACCAGUUGAACAGAAGAAAGCAGAAGGUGUGGCACGAGAGAAUGAAGUGUUGUUACAAAGAAGAAAAGGUCCAGCUGGUGAUCAAGUUCCGAAUAACGCAACUUCUAUUACUGUACCUUAUCGUGUAGUGGACAAUCCUGGCAGACUAUCAGCGGCGGAGUGGGAUCGAGUCGUGGCUGUGUUUGUACAAGGACCUGCUUGGCAGUUCAAAGGAUGGCCAUGGGAUGGCAAUCCCGUUCAAAUAUUUGCUAAUAUUUGCGCGUUCCACCUGAAGUACGACGAGAUGAAGUUGGACGCGAACGUGGCUCGUUGGGCGGUGACGGUGCUCAAUUUGAGUCGCACCAAGCGCCAUUUAGACCGCGCCGUGUUGCUCGGCUUCUGGGAGACGCUCGACAAGCACAUGAUGAAGAAUAAACCGCAUCUUAGGUUCUAA